AUGAAGCAAGCUGCGAGCCCAUUCGCCCCACUUCAAUUGUCACCACAUGAUGUAAUGUAUUUGAAGGAAGCAGCUUACGUUCUUGUCCAGCGCCAAGUGGAAGCUUACGAGCGGUACCUGCAUGAAGAUGGCGAGCGAGUCAACGAUAAACAAUGGCGACAGGUGCUGCAGCGCGACAAUGUGAUGGUCUUCUCAGAAGCGCAGAGCUGCAAGAGCUCAGACUGGACUACAGAUUUGGGUAACUCUAAGCACCAACAGGGUUCUGCCACGACAGGCUUGCCGGAAUUAUUGACAGUCGGUCACAUCGAGGGCUCUUUGGACGACGUGAUGCUAGGCGUAAUGACCCCCACGGUCACUUCGUUGAGGCUUAAACACUUCUACGAAGGGAUUGAGCUUGGUGAUGAUGCUGUGUUGGCGACGAUCGACUAUCCGUCAGCUCACGACCCCUUUCAAUCGCUCAAUAUCAAGUGGGUCAAAGGCUACCAGCCUCCAAUGAUCCGCUCGAUAGUCAACGACCGCGACUUUGUUUAUAUGGAGGCAACGGGCUUAACGAAGCUCAGUGACGGUGAAGUGGUUAGUUACCAUCUUGUGCACUCUGUGGACCUUCCUCAGACGCCCAAGGUGGGCAGCAACAUUCGAGGAACCAUGUCGAUGUGUGGGGUGUACAGACAACGCAACUACAGCUCCGUAGAUCUAUACUCCCAAGCAAAGUUGAGUUUCGGGGGACGGCUUCCUCGAUCUUUCGCAGUCAAGUGUACGUCGAUAGCACUGCUUUCAGCUAGGCAAAGGGUACACUGCGCCCGUUUAAAAAAGCUCGCGUGGCUACUGAGACUGAGCGAUACAAACGUGAUCCGGGACGAUCACAAUUGCAUUGGCUGUGGCCGUAAACCCGGUAUUUUCGUUACCGAGAUCAGGUCAUGCUCUCUUUGCAGACAUGCAUUGUGCUUGUCCUGUCGAUUGAAGAUUGAGCUGGGAUCUGUAGGACCUACAGGAAGCCUGAUAAAGAGAAAGUUGUGGUGCUGCAAGCACUGUUGGGAUAAAGCGGUUCGGACAAGCUCGCGAGUUGUUGCGAUGGAAGAAUAUGGAGAUACGAGUCGGGUGGAAUCGAGCCGGUGGAGCAGUUAUUCGACAUCUUCUUUUCACUGUCCAGGUCGGGACGCUUUUGGCAACCGGUAG